AUCUCAUCGUCUUCCUUUUCUAGGGUUUUUAUUCUACGAAUCGAAGAAACAAUUCCAAAACACACCAGUCUACGAGAUUCCUCCUUUGCAUCCCUCUCCAAUCGUCAAUGGCGUCGAACAACACCGGCAGCAAUUUCCAGCAGCACAGACCUCGGCCGAGGAACGGGCAUCCUCCGCAGAGACGAGGAGGGAGGAAUCCCGAGGCGGCGCGUCAGUACCAAGUGCGGGAGCAGCAGUCGCAGCCUCAGACCAUGCCGGAGAAGAGGAAACCGGUGUUCAUCAAGGUGGAUCAGCUGAAACCGGGCACGAACGGUCACACCUUGACCGUUAAGGUCGUGGAUCAGAUGACCGUCCUUCAGAAGGGUGGGUCGGGCGCUUCUGCGGCUCCUCAGCUCCGACCGACACGGAUCGCCGAGUGUCUUGUCGGAGACGAGACCGGUACCAUCCUCUUCACCGCUCGCAACGAUCAAGUGGACGUGAUGAAGCCAGGAGCGACGGUAAACCUCAGGAACGCAAAGAUAGACAUGUUCAAGGGGUCGAUGAGGAUAGCGGUGGACAAAUGGGGACGGAUCGAAGCCACCGAACCAGCGGAAUUCACGGUGAAAGAGGGAAAUAACCUGUCCCUCGUGGAAUACGAGCUCGUUAACGUUGUAGGAGAAGAAUAAGAUCGGAACUCGGCUCGGCUCCACCUGUUGUUCUUGUUUCAGGCAGGGGGUGUUUAAAUCUGGAAAGGCCAAAAAGGAAGGAAGGAAGAAAACGAGAGACGAAAAGGGUUAUCAUCUCUGUUUUCCUCUGUGGCGGAUGAGCGAGUUGUUGAUUGAAGUCAAUGUAUUGCCCUUGUCGUUUUCUUUCUUGUAAGCUCAUCGUAAGGUUAUUUGUACGGAAAAGGAAUGUGUGUUAUUUGGGUGUCCAUUUGGUUCAUGAAAUUGCAAAAAUGUUCAA